AAGUUCAACAUCAAUUCAAUUUUGAUAUUUUACAACAAAAUGAGUUUGACAGAGGAUAUUGAAGAAUAUUUUCCAUAUUUAUAUGAGGAAAAUCGACUAAAAACUUACAAAAGUUGGGUUUUCAAUAAAAAUAAGCCUUGCAGCGUUGAUAAAAUGGCAGAAGCUGGAUUUAUUUUUAUUGGCAGUAAACAAGAACCAGAUGCUGUAAAGUGUUUCUUCUGUUGGAAAAAUCUCGACGGUUGGGAAGAAGCAGACAAUCCUUGGAAGGAACAUCUAAAGCAUGCACCUAACUGUUCAUUUGCAAAACUUCAAAAAGCACAAGCCAAUAUUACUUUAAAACAAUUCAUUGACCUAAGACAGGAGUUGCUGAACAAAAUUGUAAAUUACUAUAAAGACAAACAGAUUUCUGAGUUAUCUAGGCUUGCAAAAAAAACUAGAAACUCGAUUAAAAAAAUAAUUUGUCGACUUAUAUCCUGAAGUAUCAAUUAUUUAUUUUUUUUAUGCUAUAGACUCCUAAUAAUACCACAUUUGUGUGCAUAUGGACACUGAAUGCACAAUUCAUAACAUAUUGUGAAUAGUGUGUUUGAUAAAUCUAUUUCGAAGCAAGCUGUUGGCAGUGUUUUACAAAAAUCUUUCAAAAGACGCUUACAAGUGUUAUUGUUUAUUCGGGAUGAUCUUUAAAAGAUGUGUUUAAAUUAAUUACUGAUUUACCUUUGGAAUUUAUAAAGUUAUCUAGUUAAAACUACCAUAUUUUCAAUAAUUUGUUCAGUAAUAUUAAUAAUUAAACUAUUUUUACUAUUAUGGAAUUUAUUUGGUGUAGCUGAACCAUUUUAGACAAUUGUUUAGCAGGUAAGAAAAUAUAUAACUAUGGCUU